UAAGGAUUUUUGUAACCACAAAUUGUUGGCAACACCGUCGCCAUUUUGUAUUGGUGUUUGGAACACGAAGAUGCUGUUCGCCUCGAUAUUUUCCGUGAACUGAACAUCCAAGCGUAGCAUUUGCCCCGUACCUGGAAAAAUGACGCAGUUCCUGCCGCCGAAUUUGUUAGCCCUUUUUGCUCCGCGGGAUCCUAUACCGUAUUUACCACCCGCCAGCAAGCUCCCGCACGAGAAGAAGAAUGGAGGCUAUAUCGGCGUUGGAGCAUUCCUUAAAUAUUUUGAGAAUCCCAAAGACACUCCACCACCGGUUCGCGUGGAGACCAGGGAGGAACGUCUUGAACGACGUAGAAGGGAACGAGCCGAGCAAGUGGCAUAUAAGCUAGAACAAGAGAUAGCUGUUUGGGAUCCUGCUGGCAUUCCUAAUGUAACUGCGGAUCCUUUCAAGACGCUCUUUGUAGCUCGAAUAAACUAUGAUACAUCAGAAUCCAAACUUAGGAGGGAAUUUGAAGUCUAUGGCCCAGUGAAAAAGAUAGUGGUAAUUCACAAUACAAUAAACGGCAAGCCUAGAGGAUAUGCUUUCAUUGAGUAUGAGCAUGAAAGAGAUAUGCACUCGUGGUGGCCGCUGCCGGCAACUAGUGCCGUUCACUAUUCCAUGCAAUCCCUGAACCUGCCUGAUAUGAUAGCUGCUUAUAAGCAUGCGGAUGGUAAGAAAAUAGAUGGUCGCAGAGUGUUGGUCGACGUGGAACGGGCUAGGACCGUGAAGGGAUGGCUUCCGCGGAGACUCGGCGGUGGUCUUGGUGGAACGCGAAGGGGCGGGCCUGAUGUGAAUAUUAAACACUCUGGCCGAGAAGAUAAUGAAAGAGAACGGGAGCGGUAUCGAUUGGAACGGGAGAGGGAGACUUCUGGACGCCUCGAUAGAGAUAGAGAUCGCGAUCGUUUGGACAGAGAACGUAGAAGAUCGCGUGAGCGUAAAAGAAGGUCGAGAACUAGGUCGCGUGAUCGAAAACGAAGACGAAGCCGUGAACGUUUACCGGAUCCUGACAUCGAAGAGAUACAAAGAGACGAACGACCCCGCGAUAGGAGAGACCGUGACCGUGACCGUGACCGCGACCGUGAUCGUAAGAGGAGGCGUUCCAGGAGUAACGAACGCGAUCGUGAUAGGGAUCGCAAGAGGGACAAACGCGAUCGUGACCGUGAACGUAGAGAUAGAAAAGAUCGAGGCGAUCGUCAGGAUGAGGAUACGAAAGAAAUCCGUAUUAAAGAAGAACCUUUGGACGAUUAUCCUGACUACAGUAAUACCUUCCAAUCGUCUGGAUCUUACUUCACCGCUGUAAAAUACGAAGACGACAAUGAGCAAGAAGUGGAAGAAAAAUACAGGAUUCCAGAAGGUCGUCCAGAUCCCCCUCCCUACAAUAAUUACGACUCCGUACAGGAUUAUUGAUCUCGAUAAUACUUUCCGUAACAUUCUUUUUCGUUACCACGCACGAUGAAUUUAAUGCAAUUAUUAAUAACGUACUGUAUUUCCUAUUGUUGUUAGUGAGUGUAGUACCGAAUCGAUCGUAUCGAGUAUCUAGUCGUUGUACUUCGCAGCGACCGGGUAUUCAUUAAGGAUAUUGCAAGGUAAGCAGGUCUGGACUACUGAUUUCUAUGCAGUUAUUUCUACCCCGGUUGAAUUCGAAACGGAAUUUUGUAUAUUUAUGAUUGGCACGAAGGUGGUAACCCCCGGAAAAAUCAAUUUAGACGCUUUGAAUAUUAUUAGAAAUACAUUUGCGAAUAAUUAUUGAAUUUCAUCGUAGCAGUCUAUGUGAAACCUCGCAAUAUGGAAAAGAAAGGUCCAUACAAACAAGUUCGGCCACUUUAUUUCCAUUGGUACAUUUCAAUUUCAACAAACUCUGUAUGUGUACAUAAGUCCUAUACAAACGUAUUACACGAAUUCUUCAAUUCUCUCAUGACUGCUGCAUGUAUAUUUAUAUAUACGAAUAAAAUAAACUACACAAUUAAUUUGUUAGCCAG